GAGCGCUCGGCCGGCCGCCGUUCCCAAGAUGGCCGCUGCGCGCACGGCUCCUGCGGCGGGCUAGAGGCGGAGGCGGAGCCGAGUCACUCCCUCGCCCCGCGGCUCCAGGUCUUCCCGCACCAGGCUGCAGCUGACGACCCGCCGCGGUCAUGCGAAGCCUGGUGCACGGAUGAGAGACGCCAUCGCCGAGCCGGUGCCCCCUCCCGCCCUCGCCGUCACCCCUGCAGCCGCCAUGGAGGAGCCGCGGCCAGCACCGCCGCCACAGCCCGAGCCGGAGCCGGAGUGCUGCCCGGCGGCGAGGCAGGAGUGCAUGUUGGGAGAGUCGGCUCGCAAAAGUAUGGAAUCCGAUCCAGAGGACUUUUCUGAUGAAACAAAUACAGAGACUCUCUACGGCACCUCACCCCCAAGCACACCUCGACAGAUGAAACGCCAGUCAGCCAAGCACCAGAGGAACAGUGCAGGGAGGCCAGCCAGCCGAUCAAACUUGAAAGAAAAAAUGAACACACCGAGUCAGUCUCCACAUAAAGAUUUGGGGAAGGGAGUGGAGACCGUGGAAGAAUACAGCUACAAGCAGGAGAAGAAGAUUCGAGCAACUCUGAGAACAACGGAGCGAGACCAUAAGAAAAAUGCACAGUGCUCCUUCAUGUUGGACUCGGUGGCUGGGUCUUUGCCAAAAAAAUCGAUUCCAGAUGUGGAUCUCAAUAAGCCUUACCUCAGCCUUGGCUGUAGCAAUGCCAAGCUGCCCGUCUCGAUGCCCAUGCCUAUAGCCAGAACUGCACGGCAGACUUCCCGGACUGACUGCCCCGCAGAUCGGUUAAAGUUCUUUGAAACACUGCGCCUUUUGCUAAAGCUUACCUCAGUCUCGAAGAAAAAGGACAGGGAGCAGAGGGGACAAGAAAACACGGCUGCUUUCUGGUUCAACCGAUCGAACGAACUGAUCUGGUUAGAGCUCCAGGCCUGGCACGCGGGCCGCACCAUAAAUGACCAGGACCUCUUUCUAUACACAGCCCGCCAAGCCAUCCCAGACAUUAUCAAUGAAAUCCUCACCUUCAAAGUUAAUUAUGGGAGCAUUGCCUUCUCCAGAAAUGGAGCCGGUUUCAACGGUCCCUCGGUAGAAGGUCAGUGCAGAACCCCUUACGGGGCAAACCGUGCGGGCUGCUCAUCGUACCACGAGCACCUCCAGCGCCAGAGGGUCUCGUUUGAGCAGGUGAAGCGGAUAAUGGAGCUGCUGGAGUACAUGGAGGCCCUCUAUCCGUCCUUGCAGGCUCUGCAGAAGGACUAUGAGCGGUAUGCAGCGAAGGAUUUUGAGGACAGAGUGCAGGCACUCUGCCUGUGGCUAAACAUCACGAAAGACUUAAACCAGAAGCUGAGGAUCAUGGGCACUGUGCUGGGCAUCAAGAACUUGUCAGACAUUGGCUGGCCAGUGUUUGAAAUCCCCUCCCCUCGGCCGUCCAAGGGCUACGAGCCAGAGGGCGAGGGCGAGGACACGGAGGUUGAGCUGAGGGAGCUGGAGAGUGGGACGGAGGAGAGUGAUGAGGAGCCAACCCUCAAUCCGAGGGUGCCAGAGCUCAGGCUGUCUACAGACAUCUUGGACAGUCACUCCCAGGGCUCUGUCUCCAGGAAGCUGGAGAGGCUUGAGUCGGAGGAGGAUUCCAUAGGCUGGGGGACAGCGGACUGUGGCCCCGAAGCCAGCAGGCAUUGUUUGACUUCUAUCUAUAGACCGUUCGUGGACAAAGCACUGAAGCAAAUGGGGCUAAGAAAGUUAAUUUUACGACUUCAUAAACUAAUGAAUGGGUCCUUGCAAAGGGCUCGUGUAGCUCUGGUGAAGGAUGACCGUCCAGUGGAGUUCUCUGACUUUCCAGGUCCCAUGUGGGGCUCGGAUUAUGUGCAGUUGUCGAGAACGCCGCCUUCCUCAGAGCAGAAGUGCAGCGCUGUGUCCUGGGAAGAGCUGAGGGCCAUGGACCUGCCAUCCUUUGAGCCCGCCUUCCUGGUGCUCUGUCGGGUCCUGCUGAACGUGAUCCAUGAGUGCCUGAAGCUGCGGCUGGAGCAGAGGCCUGCUGGGGAGCCUUCCCUCCUGAGUAUCAAACAGCUAGUGCGAGAGUGUAAAGAGGUCCUAAAGGGUGGGCUCCUGAUGAAACAGUAUUACCAGUUCAUGCUGCAGGAGGUUCUGGGCGAACUGGAGAAGACUGACUGCAACAUGGAUGCCUUUGAGGAGGACCUGCAGAAGAUGCUGAUGGUGUAUUUUGAUUACAUGAGAAGUUGGAUCCAAAUGCUACAGCAGUUACCUCAGGCUUCCCAUAGCUUAAAAAACCUGCUAGAAGAGGAAUGGAAUUUCACCAAAGAAAUAACCCAUUAUAUCCGUGGCGGAGAAGCUCAGGCUGGAAAGCUUUUCUGUGACAUCGCAGGGAUGCUGCUGAAAUCCACAGGGAGUUUUCUGGAAUCCGGCCUGCAGGAGAGCUGUGCUGAGCUGUGGACCAGCACCGAUGACAAUGGUGCUGCUGAUGAGCUAAGGAGAUCUGUCAUCGAGAUCAGCCGAGCACUCAAGGAGCUCUUCCACGAAGCUAGGGAAAGGGCCUCCAAGGCCUUGGGCUUUGCUAAAAUGCUGAGGAAGGACCUAGAAAUAGCAGCAGAAUUCGUGCUGUCUGCAUCAGCCCGAGAGCUCCUGGAUGUUCUGAAAGCAAAGCAGUAUGUUAAGGUACAGAUUCCCGGCUUAGAGAAUUUGCACGUGUUUGUCCCUGACAGCCUCGCUGAGGAGAAGAGAAUUAUUUUGCAGCUACUCAAUGCUGCCACAGGAAAGGACUGCUCCAAGGAUCCAGACGAUGUCUUCAUGGAUGCCUUCCUGCUCCUGACCAAGCAUGGGGACCGAGCCCGUGACUCAGAAGAUGGCUGGGGCACAUGGGAAGCUCGGGCUGUCAAAAUUGUGCCUCAGGUGGAGACUGUGGACACCCUGAGAAGCAUGCAGGUGGACAACCUUCUGCUGGUUGUCAUGGAGUCUGCUCACCUCGUACUUCAGAGAAAAGCUUUCCAGCAGUCCAUUGAGGGGCUGGUGACUGUACGCCAUGAGCAGACAUCCAGCCAGCCGGUCAUCGCCAAAGGUUUACAGCAGCUCAAGAACGAUGCACUCGAGCUAUGCAACAGAAUCAGUGAUGCCAUCGACCGUGUGGACCACAUGUUCACCCUGGAGUUCGAUGCUGAGGUUGAGGAGUCUGAGUCGGCCACGCUGCAGCAGUACUACCGAGAAGCCAUGAUUCAGGGCUACAACUUUGGGUUUGAGUAUCAUAAAGAAGUUGUUCGUUUGAUGUCUGGGGAAUUCAGACAGAAGAUAGGAGACAAAUAUAUAAGCUUUGCCCAGAAGUGGAUGAAUUACGUGCUGACCAAAUGCGAGAGCGGCAGAGGCACAAGACCCAGAUGGGCCACCCAAGGAUUUGAUUUCCUACAAGCCAUUGAACCUGCCUUUAUUUCAGCUUUACCAGAAGACGACUUCUUGAGUUUGCAAGCCCUGAUGAAUGAGUGCAUUGGGCACGUCAUAGGAAAGCCACACAGCCCUGUCACAGCUAUCCAUCGGAACAGCCCUCGCCCUGUGAAGGUGCCCCGAUGCCACAGUGACCCUCCUAACCCUCACCUCAUCAUCCCGACUCCAGAGGGAUUCAGCACCCGGAGCGUGCCUUCCGACACUCGGAACCAUGGCAACUCUGUUGCUGCUGCUGCUGUCGCUGCCGCUGCUGCCACCACUGCUGCUGGCCGCCCUGGCCCAGGUGGUGGUGACUCUGCGCCGGCCAAACCUGUCAACACUGCCCCUGAUACCAGGGGUUCCAGCGUCCCUGAAAACGACCGCUUGGCCUCCAUAGCCGCAGAACUGCAGUUCAGGUCUCUGAGUCGGCACUCAAGCCCCACGGAAGAGCGAGAGGAGCCAGCGUAUCCUCGAAGUGACUCAAGUGGAUCAACUAGGAGAAGCUGGGAACUUCGAACACUCCUCAGCCAGACCAAAGACUCGGCCUCUAAGCAGGGGCCCAUAGAAGCUAUCCAGAAGUCAGUUCGACUGUUUGAAGAGAGGAGGUAUCGAGAGAUGAGGAGAAAGAAUAUCAUUGGUCAAGUGUGCGAUACCCCUAAAUCCUAUGAUAACGUCAUGCAUGUUGGACUGAGGAAGGUGACAUUUAAGUGGCAAAGAGGAAACAAAAUCGGAGAAGGACAGUAUGGAAAAGUUUACACCUGCAUCAGCGUUGACACAGGGGAGCUGAUGGCCAUGAAGGAGAUUCGAUUUCAGCCUAAUGACCACAAGACUAUCAAGGAGGCUGCAGACGAGUUGAAAAUAUUCGAGGGCAUCAAGCACCCCAACCUGGUCCGGUACUUUGGUGUGGAGCUUCACAGGGAAGAGAUGUACAUCUUCAUGGAGUACUGUGACGAGGGCACACUAGAGGAGGUGUCACGGCUGGGCCUUCAGGAGCAUGUCAUCAGGUUGUAUACGAAGCAGAUCACCGUCGCCAUCAACGUCCUCCAUGAGCACGGCAUUGUUCACCGAGACAUCAAAGGUGCCAAUAUCUUCCUUACGUCAUCUGGACUAAUAAAGCUGGGAGAUUUUGGAUGCUCCGUAAAACUUAAAAACAACGCCCAGACCAUGCCCGGAGAGGUGAACAGCACCCUAGGGACAGCAGCUUACAUGGCCCCUGAAGUUAUUACCCGAGCCAAAGGAGAGGGCCACGGACGUGCGGCAGAUAUCUGGAGUCUGGGGUGUGUCGUCAUAGAGAUGGUGACUGGCAAGCGGCCUUGGCAUGAAUAUGAACACAACUUUCAGAUUAUGUACAAGGUGGGGAUGGGACACAAGCCACCAAUCCCAGAAAGGCUAAGCCCCGAAGGAAAGGACUUUCUCUCACACUGCCUGGAAAGUGACCCGAAGAUACGGUGGACAGCCAGCCAGCUCCUCGACCACGCUUUUGUCAAGGUUUGCACAGAUGAAGAGUGACGCUAACCAGUCCGUGGCCUAGUAGUGUGUGGACAGAAUCCCGUGAUCACUACUGUAUGUAAUAUUUACAUAAAGACUGCAGCAGGCGGCCUUCUUAACCUCCCAGGACUGAAGACUACACGGGUGACAAGCCUCACUUCUGCUGCUCCUGUCGCCUGCUGAGUGACAGUGCUGACGAGGUUAAAGGAGCCGUACGUUAAGUGCCAUUACUACUGUACACGGGCCACUGCCUCUGUCCCCUCCGACCCUCGCGUGACUGAGAACCAACCGUGACAUCAGCAUAGUGUUUUUGAGCUUCUGGGGUUCAGGAGAACAUGUAGUGUUAUCGGGUGUCCAGGACCUGUAUUUCAGCCUCCUGUUCGUUGGCUCUGACUGUGGGGCCUCCUUGUUCGAAAGCUGCAGGUUUGUUAUGCAAAGGCUCGUAAGUGAAGCUAAAGAAAAGAUUCUUUUUCAAUAAAUGGUUUAUUUUAGGAAAGC